AAAAAGUUAUGGAAAUGGUAUUAUUUGCAGAUGCAGUAUAUGAAUGUCGUCAACAACUUGCGUAUCAUUUAUUUCUCUGGUCAGAUGAUCCUAUAAUUUCAGAAUGCCAUAAUUGUGAUAAUUGUAAAAACAGAAACAGACAUUUGUGA